UAUCUCAUUACAAUAAUUGCUAAUCUCUGAAUAAGACAGCCAUGUUUUGUGAGUAACUGAGGGAGAGAGGUUGUGUUAGGUAGAUUUUAGGUGUUUCAACAAAUAGAGCAUUGUAAAUGCUUACUUGGAUUAUGUUUUCAUGAUAGCUUUUGUUAAAAGACAUGUGGUGACCUUUGGGGUCAGCACAGCUAGGACACAAUAGUAGGUAUUCUUUCAUUCCUUUUAACUGAAAAAUAUCACGGCUUGUUGUUUUGGAGUGCUGUCACUGCUCUGAAUCGAAAGGAUAAUGGCUACUUCCUGAUUAAACCCACUCUCCACAAUAUGGAGUCUGGAGAACGGUUACCAUCCUCAACAGCCUCCUCCACUACACCUUCAUCUUCAAUACCUUCUGUGGCUUCAUCAGUUUCAAAAGGCGGCCUUUCCACGGGACCUGCUUCACUGAGCUCUACAAUCAACCCAUGUGGACAUUUAUUCAGAGCAGCUGGGGAUCAACCGUUUAACCUGUCCACAGUGUCGAGUGCCUUCCCAAUGGUCAGCCACCCAGUCUUUGGUCUACAUUCAGCCAGCUCAGGGCAUUCAGAAUUUGGUGGUUUGGGGACACUUGGUACACCCACAGCCUUAGCCGCACAUCCCCAACUAGCAUCUUUUCCAGGUGCAGAAUGGUGGCGAACAACGGAUGUUCAUACUCGUACAGGGGCGACCUUCUUUCCACCAUUACUGGGAAUUCCACCACUGUUUGCUCCUCCAGCCCAGAAUCAUGAUUCUUCUUCAUUCCAUUCAAGGACUUCAGGAAAAAGUACUAGAAAUGGUCCUGAAAAAGGUGUAAAUGGGUCAAUAAAUGGAAACAGCACAUCAUCUGUAUCUGGUAUCAACACACCUGUACUAUCCACUACUGCUUCAAGUUCUGUGGGACAAAGUAAAAUUAUAAGCUCAGGUGGAGGAAAUCGAAAAUGUAAUCAGGAGCAAAACAAAAACCAGCCUUUGGAUGCUAGAGCUGACAAAAUAAAAGAUAAGAAACCAAGGAAGAAAGCUAUGGAAAGUUCUAGCAACAGUGAUAGUGAUUCGGGUACAUCAUCAGACACCUCAAGUGAAGGCAUUAGUAGUAGUGACUCAGAUGAUCUAGAGGAAGAUGAAGAAGAAGAAGAUCAAAGUAUUGAAGAAAGUGAAGAUGAUGAUUCUGAUUCAGAGAGCGAAGCACAGCAUAAAAGUAACAACCAGGUGCUAUUACAUGGUAUUUCAGACCCACAAGCAGAUGGACAGAAAGCAACUGAAAAAGCCCAGGAAAAAAGAAUACAGCAGCCAUUACCUCUUGUGUCUGAGUCCCAGACUCACCCAUCAUUCCAAUCCCAGCAGAAGCAGCCUCAGGUUUUGUCACAGCAGCUUCCAUUUAUUUUCCAAAGCUCUCAGGCAAAGGAGGAAUCUGUGAACAAACACACAAGUGUAAUACAGUCUACGGGAUUGGUGUCCAAUGUGAAACCUUUAUCUUUGGUAAAUCAAGCCAAAAAGGAAACUUACAUGAAACUCAUAGUUCCUUCUUCUCCUGAUGUACUUAAAGCAGGGAAUAAAAAUACCUCUGAAGAAUCUAGUCCUUUGACCAGUGAAAUGCGAUCCAAACGGGAACAAUAUAAACAGACAUUCCCAGUGCAGUUAAAGAAACAAGAGUCAUCCAAGAGCUUGAAGAAGGUUAUUGCAGCUUUGUCAAAUCCAAAAGCAACUUCUAGUUCACCAGCACACCCAAAACAGACGUCAGAAAACAACCACCCUAAUCCAUUCUUGACAAAUGCACUUUUAGGUAAUCACCAACCAAAUGGAGUUAUUCAAAGUGUCAUUCAAGAAGCUCCUCUAGCACUUACUACCAAAACUAAAAUGCAGAGUAAGGUUAGUGAGAACAUCGCUACUGCAAGCAGCACCCCUUUUGCCUCCCCUGUAAAUUUGAGUACAAGUGGAAGAAGAACCCCUGGCAGUCAGACAACUGUAAUCCCCCCCGCCUCUCCCCUACUGCAUAGUCCAGGGAAGGAAAAAGCGGUCAGCAAUAAUGUAAACACAGUGAAAACACAGCCUCACUCCCACCCUGCAAAAUCUUUAGUGGAACAGUUCAGGGGAACAGAUUCAGACAUUCCCAGUAGUAAAGAUUCUGAAGACUCAAAUGAGGAUGAAGAAGAAGAUGACGAGGAAGAAGAUGAGGAAGAUGAUGAAGAUGAUGAAUCUGAUGACAGCCAAUCAGAAUCAGAUAGUAAUUCAGAAUCAGAUACAGAAGGAUCAGAAGAAGAUGAUGAUGAUGAUAAAGACCAAGAUGAAUCAGAUAGUGAUACUGAAGGAGAGAAAACGUCAAUGAAACUGAAUAAAACAACUUCCUCUGUCAAAAGCCCUUCCACCAGUCUCACUGCUCACCCAACACCUCGUAACCUCCACAUAGCAAAAGCCCCAGGCUCUGCUCCUGCUGCCUUAUGUUCUGAAUCCCAGUCACCUGCUUUUCUUGGCACACCUUCUUCCACACUUACUUCAAGUCCACACUCUGGCACUUCCAAAAGAAGAAGAGUAACAGAUGAGCGUGAGCUGCGUAUUCCUUUGGAAUAUGGCUGGCAAAGAGAGACGAGAAUAAGAAACUUUGGAGGGCGCCUUCAAGGAGAAGUAGCGUAUUAUGCUCCAUGUGGAAAGAAACUUAGGCAGUACCCUGAAGUAAUAAAGUAUCUCAGCAGAAAUGGAAUAAUGGAUAUCUCAAGGGACAAUUUCAGCUUCAGUGCAAAAAUAAGAGUGGGUGACUUCUAUGAAGCCAGAGAUGGACCGCAGGGAAUGCAGUGGUGUCUUUUGAAAGAAGAGGAUGUCGUUCCCCGUAUCAGGGCAAUGGAAGGCCGUAGAGGAAGACCUCCAAAUCCAGAUAGACAGCGAGCAAGAGAGGAAUCCAGAAUGAGACGUCGGAAGGGUCGGCCUCCAAACGUGGGAAGUGCUGAGUUUCUAGACAACACAGAUGCCAAAUUGCUAAGAAAACUGCAAGCUCAAGAAAUAGCCAGACAAGCAGCGCAAAUAAAGCUUUUGAGAAAACUUCAAAAGCAGGAACAGGCUCGGGUCGCCAAAGAAGCUAAAAAACAACAAGCAAUAAUGGCUGCUGAGGAGAAGAGAAAGCAAAAAGAACAGAUAAAGAUUAUGAAACAGCAGGAAAAAAUUAAAAGAAUACAACAAAUCAGAAUGGAAAAAGAACUUCGAGCCCAGCAAAUUCUAGAGGCUAAAAAGAAAAAGAAGGAAGAAGCAGCAAAUGCCAAAUUAUUGGAGGCCGAAAAACGAAUAAAGGAAAAAGAAAUGAGAAGACAGCAAGCCGUUCUUCUGAAGCAUCAGGAGUUGGAGAGGCAUAGACUAGAUAUGGUAUGGGAACGAGAGAGAAGACGACAACAUAUGAUGCUUAUGAAAGCCAUGGAAGCUCGUAGAAAAGCAGAAGAAAAAGAACGGUUGAAGCAAGAAAAACGUGAUGAGAAAAGAUUAAAUAAAGAGCGUAAACUGGAGCAACGAAGAUUAGAAUUAGAAAUGGCAAAGGAACUAAAGAAGCCUAAUGAAGAUAUGUGCUUAGCAGACCAAAAGCCUUUGCCAGAGUUGCCUCGUAUUCCAGGACUUGUUCUCUCUGGAAGUACAUUUUCAGACUGUCUCAUGGUGGUGCAGUUCUUACGAAACUUUGGUAAAGUUUUGGGCUUUGAUGUGAAUAUUGAUGUUCCAAACCUGAGUGUUCUUCAAGAGGGAUUGCUAAAUAUAGGGGACAGCAUGGGUGAAGUACAAGACUUGCUUGUGAGGCUCCUCUCAGCUGCUGUAUGUGAUCCAGGUCUAAUUACAGGAUACAAGGCCAAAACAGCUCUCGGAGAACAUUUGCUGAAUGUUGGUGUGAAUCGAGACAAUGUUUCCGAGAUUUUGCAGAUUUUUAUGGAAGCGCACUGUGGACAAACUGAGCUUACUGAAAGCUUGAAAACCAAAGCUUUUCAGGCUCAUACGCCAGCACAGAAAGCCUCAGUCUUGGCUUUCCUGAUCAAUGAACUGGCAUGCAGUAAGAGUGUGGUGAGUGAAAUUGACAAGAACAUUGAUUAUAUGUCAAACUUGAGGAGAGAUAAAUGGGUAGUAGAAGGUAAACUUCGCAAGCUUAAAAUCAUUCAUGCUAAGAAAACAGGCAAAAGAGACACUUCAGGUGGCAUUGAUCUUGGAGAGGAACAGCAUCCAUUGGGCACACCCACACCAGGACGCAAACGGAGAAGGAAGGGGGGAGACAGUGAUUUUGAUGAUGAUGAUGAUGAUGAUAGUGAUGAACAAGCUGAUGAAGAUGAUGAGGAUGAAGAAGAUAAAGAAGACAAAAAAGGAAAGAAGACUGAUAUCUGUGAAGAUGAGGAUGAAGGUGACCAAGCAGCAAGUGUUGAAGAGCUAGAAAAACAGAUUGAAAAACUGAGUAAACAACAGAGUCAGUACAGAAGGAAGCUCUUUGACGCUUCUCACUCUUUGCGUUCGAUGAUGUUUGGCCAGGAUCGUUACAGACGCCGGUACUGGAUUCUUCCCCAAUGUGGGGGGAUUUUUGUAGAAGGCAUGGAGAGUGGUGAAGGACUAGAAGAAAUUGCAAAAGAAAGAGAAAAACUAAAAACGGCAGAAAGUAUCCAGAUGAAAGAAGAAAUAUUUGAGACUUCGGAAGAUACUGUAAAUUGCUCAAAUCCAGAUCAUUGUGAGCCAAAGGAAGAUCCUAAAGAAAAAGAUAACACAAAUCUGUUUCUUCAGAAACCUGGCUCUUUUUCAAAAUUAAGCAAGCUUCUGGAAGUAGCUAAAAUGUCUCCUGAGUCAGAUGUAAUUACCCCCAAACCAAAUAGUAGUGCAAAUGGCUGUACGUUGUCUUAUCAAAACAGCGGAAAACAUUCAUUGGGCAGCAUUCAACCAACAGCAACACAAAGCAACAUGGAGAAGACAGACUCUAAUAAUCCAUUUAGUCCUGGUUCAAGUGGUCCAGUGAAGUUCUACAGUCCUCUCCCCAAUGACCAGUUGUUAAAAACACUGACUGAAAAGAACAGACAGUGGUUCAGCCUUUUGCCACGAACGCCCUGUGAUGACAGUUCACUCACCCAUGCUGAUGCAUCAGCGGCUUCUGUGGUGCCUCCUCCUCAGUCUCAGUCACCCUCCCCUGCCCCAGCUCCCCUCCUGGGGUCAUCUUCUGCUCAGAAUCCUGUUGGCCUAAAUCCAUUUGCUGUAUCACCUCUUCAGAUGAAAAGCGGAGUAUCUAUGAUGGGACUCCAGUUUUGUGGAUGGCCCGCUGGCGUGCUUACCUCCAAUAUUCCAUUUACAUCACCUUUACCUAGUCUGGGAUCAGGGUUGGGAUUAUCUGAAGGGAAUGGUAAUUCAUUCUUGACGCCCAAUGUUGCUUCAAAUAAAAGUGAAUCUCCAGUCCCACAGAAUGAAAAAGUCUCUUCAACUCAACCUACAGCUGUUGAAGUAGCAAAACCAGUAGAUUUUCCUAGUCCAAAACCUAUUCCAGAAGAAAUGCAGUUUGGUUGGUGGAGAAUUAUUGACCCAGAGGACCUAAAAGCUUUGCUCAAAGUGCUGCAUCUCAGAGGAAUAAGAGAAAAGGCAUUACAGAAACAAAUUCAGAAACACUUGGAUUAUAUUACGCAAGCCUGCAUCAAGAAUAAGGAUGUUGCUAUUAUUGAAUUAAAUGAAAAUGAAGAAAACCAGGUAACUCGAGAUAUUGUGGAGAACUGGUCAGUAGAAGAACAAGCAAUGGAAAUGGAUUUGAGUAUUCUUCAACAGGUAGAAGAUCUAGAAAGGCGAGUUGCAUCAGCAAGUUUGCAAGUAAAGGGUUGGAUGUGUCCAGAGCCUGCAUCAGAAAGGGAGGACUUGGUAUAUUUUGAACAUAAGUCAUUUUCUAAGUUGUGCAAGGAGCAUGAUGGAGAAUUUACUGGAGAAGAAGAAAGCAGUGCACAUGCACUAGAACGGAAGAAUGACAACCCCCUAGAUAUAGCUGUAACCAGGCUGGCUGAUUUGGAGCGGAACAUUGAGAGAAGGUAUCUGAAGAGCCCCUUAAGUACCACCAUUCAGAUCAAACUGGAUAAUGUGGGCACAGUUACUGUCCCUGCUCCUGCACCAUCCAUUAGUGGUGAUGGUGACGGAAUUGAAGAGGAUAUUGCUCCAGGGCUCAGGGUAUGGAGAAGGGCAUUAUCAGAAGCUCGCAGUGCUGCACAGGUAGCUCUGUGCAUUCAGCAGUUACAGAAAUCAAUAGCAUGGGAAAAAUCAAUUAUGAAAGUUUACUGCCAGAUCUGUCGAAAGGGAGAUAAUGAAGAACUGCUACUCCUUUGUGAUGGUUGUGACAAAGGCUGUCAUACAUACUGCCAUAGACCCAAGAUUACAACCAUACCAGAUGGGGACUGGUUUUGUCCUGCUUGCAUUGCUAAGGCAAGUGGUCAAACUCUAAAAAUCAAAAAACUCCACAUUAAAGGAAAAAAGACUAAUGAGUCAAAGAAAGGCAAAAAAGGAACUUUAACAGGGGAUACUGAAGAUGAAGACUCUGCAUCUACAAAUAGUUCACUAAAAAGAGGAAACAAAGACCUGAAAAAAAGAAAAAUGGAGGAAAACACUUCUAUUAACUUGUCAAAACAGGAAAGUUUUACUUCUGUUAAGAAACCUAAAAGAGACGACUCCAAAGACCUCGCUCUUUGCAGUAUGAUCCUUACUGAAAUGGAAACUCAUGAGGAUGCAUGGCCUUUUUUACUUCCUGUAAACUUGAAACUUGUUCCUGGUUAUAAGAAAGUUAUUAAGAAGCCUAUGGAUUUUUCCACAAUUAGAGAGAAAUUAAGUAGUGGACAAUAUCCAAACCUUGAAACCUUUGCUGUAGAUGUCAGGCUUGUUUUUGACAACUGUGAAACAUUUAAUGAAGAUGAUUCUGAUAUAGGCAGAGCUGGCCACAGUAUGAGGAAGUAUUUUGAAAAAAAGUGGACAGAUAUUUUCAAAGUGAGCUGAAGUUAUAAUAACCUCUCUUUUAUUUUUUCCUUUUAAACAAGGACAGAUGAGACCAGCAAUGUGAACUGUUACUUAUAUUAAUGUGCAAGGCACAUACAUAAUGACUUUCUUUUCCUUAAAAUAAGCAUCACAAAAAAAAAGUAUCAGAAGAAUGAUACCAUUUUUAAAGGCUUCACUCCUACAACAACCAAGGCCCUUGGUUAUUGGUUUGUGUGAUUUAUCAGCUAAUUUAGGUAGAACAGGGAAGCACACCCAAAGAAUUUUCAAAGGAAAGGGUGUUAUAGUGCAAUAGCAAUUAAAAUAUAUCAAAUCGCACUGAAUAUUCAACACCAGAGCUCUAAUGUGGGAAAUGGUUUUCCUUUCCCUCUCAAUAAAUAUCUAUUUUUCAUUUUUUUACUUUGUAGUUUAUUUUUUAGUGAAUGUAUUUAAUUUUAUGAAUUAUUUAUGAUUAAACCACAUCCAGAAUCUUCGUUUUCUGUGAAAAGGAAGAACUAGAAAAUUGCUUUAAAUCUUGAAAAUACAACAAGGAAUGUUUUAAAAUAUAAAACAAAGCCAAGUUAAACUGUUUACACUGAUGUGCUAUAAAGCACCAAAAAUAAACUUUACUGUAGAGUUACAAGUACAUUUAUAUAUAUAUAUAUAUAUAUAUACAUAUAUAUAUAUGUUGCUGCAUCACUUGUGUAGUUAAAUUGUAUUUCAAGACAGUGAAGAAAAAUUGACAUGUAUAUACUGUUCAUUAUUGUUUAUAUUAAGUCUUGUUUUAAAUAUGUAUUAUGUGUAUAUAUUGUUUGGAGACAUUAUUGUUUUUGCCUUAGAAGCAUUGUAGCGUUUUACUUUAGUCUGAAGGUAAUUCUAGCUAUACAGCUUGUACAGUAAUUAUCCUCUACCAACACUGUGGCGUCUCCUUGAUCUUGGUAGUGCCUGCCUUUGAAACAGGGUGUAGGGGAUAUUAGUUUUCCAUUUUUCUAUUUUGUUAUAUAAUUUUAAGCCACCAGGGCCUAAAUUAAAGUAUAAUCAUUUGUAUCCAUGUGGAAUAAAAUUGUGACAAUUUCCUACACACACAGUAUUUUUUCAUAGAGACAUUUCCUUCCCAUUUGCCUUGCCUCAGAAAUAAAUUUAAAAGACAUUUGUAACCACUGUGUUUUAUCUACUGUGUGUUGUGGUGGCCUGUUGGAGGCAAAUAGAUCAGAAUUUUUUUUGUACCUAUGUAAGAGUACUUGAAGUUUUAUUUAAAAUAAAAUGUUGUGAAAAAGGUAGCAUCCUUUUUUUAGGAGUGUUAUUUUUCACUACUAUGUGUGGCACGGAUACAAUAAAAGACUUUUACAAACUA